CUUCACUUCCGGUCCUUCCUUCCAGAACAAGCGUGGGGAAGAUGGCGUCGCAGAAGUCGGUACCGAGCGAUUUGUAUAAAUGCGUUUAUUCCUUUUUAGUGGAAAACAAGUUCGCUAAGGCGGCUCAGCAGUUUCUUAAACAGACUAAAGUGAAUGCCCAGGAUCCAAAUGAGGAACGUCUUGAAGACAUCUACACCUUCUGGGUGAAAUCGCCGGAGUCCAAAAAACGAAAAUUACCAGGGAACCAAACUGAGACUGUAAAUGGCCCUUCUGCCAAGAAACCCAAACCCAGUACUGAGAGUUCCAGCGAGUCAAGCAGUGAGGAAGAGGGGGCUGCUCCUAAACCUACACCUAAAGCAACACCAACUACUGCUAAGAUUGCUCCUGCCAAAACUGCAGCAAAAGCUGACCCCAGCAGCAGUGAGGAUUCUAGUGAUUCUGAGGAGGAAGAUGCAGCUGCAAAAACUCCUGCUAAGAUCGCUCCUGUAAAACCUGCACCUGCUCCGGCUGCUGUUAAUGCCAGAAAGAAAGACACAAGCUCCAGCAGUGAGGAGUCGGAGGAGGAGGAGGAGGAGCCAGUUAAAACCCCAGUGCAAAAACCUAUAGGUACUACUGUCACCCCGAAGGCAGCAGCUGCCAAACCUGCUACCCAGCAGAAGCAGGAGAGCAGCAGUGAUGACAGUUCCUCAGAUUCAGAAGAUGACAAACCAACCAAGGCUCAAGUCAAACCUGCCCCAGUUAAAGUUGCAGGUGCUGCAGAAUCGAGCAGCGAAGAGUCGUCAUCUGAAGAUGAGGCUCCUCCCAGUAAAAAGCCUAAAGCUGGUGUGUACAGUGCAGUUCCACCUCCCACUUCAGUUCAGGCAACUCCUGCUGCGAAAAAAGCCCAGAAAGAGGACUCUGACAGCAGUGAUGACAGUAGUGAUGAAGAUGAAAAGAAAGUAGCUGCUAAACCUACAACAAAGGCAGUUGCUGUCCCCAAACCUGCAGCAAAGAAACAAGAAUCCAGCUCUGACAGUUCAGAUUCAAGUUCAGAUGAGGAUGAACCCCCUGCUACUAAAACGGCUGCCAAAGCCACACCUGCAAAAAAGCCUGUCAAACCUACACCUGCUGCAAACCCAUCCACGCCAGCCACUAAACCGGCCCCUGCUGCAGAGAGCAGCUCUGAAUCAAGUUCGGAGGAAGAGGAAGAGCCCCAAAAGCCUGCAGCAAAGGCUGCCCCAGCUAAAGCUACUCCUGCUAAACCUACUCCAGCUAAAGCUGUGCCUGCUACAAAGGAUGCAUCCUCCAGCUCUGAAUCAGACAGUAGUUCUGACGAGGAAGAGGAGCCAGCAAAGCCUGCUGCGGCAGUUCCACUAAAGCCUGUAGUAUCUAAACCACCCGCCAAGAAGGAGGAGAGCAGCUCUGAAGAGUCUUCCUCUGAGGAUGAGGAGCCUGCCAAUCAGAAACCUGCAUCUAAAGCUUCCACUCCAGCAGCAACGGCUGCCGCUCCUGCUGCUAAGCCCACUCCUGUUGCAGCAGAGAGCAGCUCCGAUUCUGACUCUUCAGAAGACGAGGAGCCCGCUAAGGCUAAACCUGCGGCUAAAGCCAAACCUGCGGCUAAAGCCAAACCUGCGGCUAAAGCCAAACCUGCGGCUAAAGCCAAACCUGCGGCUAAAGCCAAACCUGCGGCUAAAGCCAAACCUGCGGCUAAAGCUAAACCUGCGGCUAAUGCUACACCUGCACCUACAGCAAAGGCAGCUGACAGUAGUUCAGACUCUGAUUCUUCCUCUGAAGAUGAAGCACCAGCCAAAGCUCAACCUGCAUCUAAACCUACAACACCGGCAACAAAACCUGUCACUGGAACCACAAAAGGAGCAGCUGCGUCAAAGGCUGAAGAGAGCACCUCGGACUCCGACUCUUCUGAGGAUGAAGAACCGACUAAAGCCAAGCCUGCCACCUCUAAAGUUGCUACGCCUGCUGCUAAAACGGCUACACCCAAAGCAACUACACCUGUGGUUAAAGCUGCAGCAGCAAAGACGGCUGACAAUAGUUCUGACUCCGACUCGUCCUCUGAGGAUGAAGAACCGGCCAAGGCCAAGGCAGCUACACCUGCAGUUAAAGCAGUUGCGGCUAAAGUUGCUACACCUAAAGCGGCUACACUUGUCUCUAAAGCUGCAGCAGUAAAGACAGCCAACAGUAGUUCUGACUCCGACUCGUCCUCUGAGGAUGAACAGCCGGCUAAAGCAGCUACACCUGCUCCUAAAGCUGCUACACCUAAAGCACCUACGCCUGUGACUAAAGUUGCAGCCAAAACAGCAGAGAGUAGUUCUGAUUCAGACUCGUCCUCUGAGGAUGAAGAGCCAGCCAAGGCCAAAACUGCCACGCCUGCAGGUAAAGCAGCUACACCUAAAGCAGCUACACCUGUGACUAAAGCUACAGCCAAAGCAGCAGAGAGUAGUUCUGAUUCAGACUCGUCCUCUGAGGAUGAAGAGCCAGCCAAGACCAAAACUGCUACACCUGCAGUUAAAGCAGCUACACCUAAAGCAGCUACACCUGUGACUAAAGCUGCAGCAAAAGCAGCAGAGAGUAGUUCUGAUUCAGACACGUCCUCUGAGGAUGAAGAGCCAGCCAAGACCAAAACUGCUACACCUGCAGUUAAAGCAGCUACACCUAAAGCAGCUACACCUGUGACUAAAGCUGCAGCAAAAGCAGCAGAGAGUAGUUCUGACUCAGACUCAUCCUCUGAGGAUGAAGAGCCAGCCAAAUCAAAACAAGUCACUCCUGCUGUGAAGGGCACUCCUACUGCUAAAGUGACUCCAGCCAAAGCUCAGGAGAGCAGCUCUGACAGUGACAGCUCUGACUCCGAAACUGAAGCAGCUAAACCUCCUGCAAAGAAGGCUGCUGCUCCUGCACCAGGUAAAAAGAAGGCUGAGAGCAGCUCUGAGUCCGACAGCUCAGACGAGGAGACCAAUAAGCCCCCUGAAAAGUCUGCAGUGACUAAUGGCAAAGCAGUGAAGCCCAAAGUGGCACCUCCAGCCAAAGCUAAAGAGAGCAGCAGCUCUUCAGACAGUUCAGAGGAAGAGGAGGCAGAACCAAAAUCAGCCACUGCCCCCACCACACCCACAGCUAACGGUACCAACAGCAAAAGGAAAAAUGAUGACGACUCAUCAGAAGAGAAAACAGAAAUAAAAACGCCCCAAAACAAGAAGGCAAAAACAACACCUCAGACAUUUCCAAAAGCCCAUAAAUCUUCCAACAUCCCUUUCCGUAGAAUAAAGGACGAUGAAAUAGAAGUGGAUCCUCGUUUAGCAGACAACUCUUUUGAUGCAAAGUAUGGAGCCAAUGGAGACUGGGGUCAAAAGGCUAAUGAAGUCCUAAAGUUCACCAAAGGAAAAUCGUUUCGACAUGAAAAAACUAAGAAGAAGCGGGGAAGUUACCGCGGUGGUGCCAUCUCAACAACAGUCAAUUCAAUAAAGUUUGACAGCGACUAAGGACACUUUCGGACCGUUUUCCUCCACUUGAACUGUACCUCUGCUUUCCUGUCCAUAAAACUGGAUGAACACUGAGAUGCCACAAUGGCAUCUAUCAACGUUUAUCAGUCGGCUAUCAAGUUUUUUAAACCAGUGGACAGGAGGGGUGCGUCUUAUAUACUCGCAAAACAUUCUCAUUUAUAGCCACUAGGUGGCUGGAGGCCAUCUAAAAACUUUGUAAACUUGAUUUCGUAUAUAAAAUAACAUUUGUAUGGUGAUAGAAAAGGAAAUUACAUUUUCUCCUGGGGUUUUAUUUCAAUGGUCCUUGUGGGUGCUUCAUUUGCCCAGUUCUUGUUUUCCAUCUUGUAAGUGUACUUCUCUUUAAUUACACUAAAUGUUAGUUUUAUACUGUAUUUAUUUGAAGGUUUUAGUUUCACUUUGGGCCUGUAUGGUUAUUGCAUUCUUAAUGCUUCUUUGUCCUAAUGUUACAAGUGAUGUUGAACUUCAGAAAAUGAGCCAUAUUUGUCAUUAGAAACUUCCGUUUGCAAUUUUAUUCAUGUAAUUAAAGAAAAAUAACUUGUUAAACAGGU